AUGUUGAAUACCGAUUCGGAUACUGAAUCUGAAGACUUAUCUACUCAAGUUUCAUAUUCUCAUCAACCAGAAUGGUCUGAUGUUGUACCAAUUGAACAAGAUGAUGGAUCAAAUCCUGUUGUUAAAAUAGAUUAUUCAGAUCAAUUUCGUGAAACAUUUGAUUAUAUACGUGCACGUAUGCAAUCAAAUGAAAUGAGUGAACGAACACUUGAGUUAACAAAAACGGCAUGUCAACUUAAUCCUGCGAAUUAUACAGUUUGGUGUUAUAGAUGUCAAAUUUUAUAUCGUCUUAAAUGCGAUUUAAAUGAAGAAUUAACAUUUAUUGCACAAAUGAUUAAAGAAAAUCCAAAAAAAUAUCAAGUUUGGGAACAUCGUCGUUUAAUUGUUGAACGUUCAGAUAUUGUAUCGAAUGAAUUACCAUUUCUUUCUACUGUUAUUAAUAAUGAUUCGAAAAAUUAUCAUGCAUGGCAAUAUCGUCAAUGGUUACUUAAAACUUAUUCACUUUGGUUGAAUGAAUUAGAUUAUGUUGAUCAAUUAAUAAAUGAUAUACGAAAUAAUUCUGCUUGGAAUCAACGUUAUUUUGUUAUAGCUCAUACAACUGGUUUUAAAGAGGAUAUUAUUGAAUGUGAAUUAGAUUAUGUUGAAAAACAUAUUGAAUUAUGUCCAGAUAAUGAAAGUGCAUGGAAUUAUUUACGUGGUAUUGCACGUUUUCGUUCUUUAAAUUUAACUGAUCAACAUGUAUGGAAUUUUUGUGAAAAUUUAUAUAAAAAUAAAUUUGAAAAAAGAUAA